AUGAAUUCUUUAACGAAUGUCCGAACCUAGAAACCCUAAUUGUACAUGCAAAUCUGCUUGCGAAUGUUUUAUAUAACGAUACCAAUGGGAAAAGUUUCAGACAUCUCACACAUUUAAAAGUGCUGGAUUUAUCUUGGAAUCGUAUGGAGACAGUUCCAAACCUUUUGCUUAAGAAUCAAAACGAACUCCAAAUACUGAACAUCAGUAAUAAUGAACACGACAAUAAGGCAAUGUUUCAGAACUUCCGGAACUACGAACUACGAACUACGUUCCCACAUGACUCAAGUACAACAUUUAUUUAUUUUGAAAAUGUUUUGAUUGAGUUGAAAAAGUCCUGUUAUGAUUACACCGGAUUGAUAGCAGGGAUAACGUCUGCUUUCGUUCUGGCCAUCUCUUUGACCGUCUCAGGAAUUGUGUACCGCUAUCGAUGGAAAUUAAGAUAUUUGUUUUACAUGGCAAAACAAGAUACAAGGGAUACACAGGUUUGGAGGCCAACAAUGACGAACGAGAUGAUUACCCAAAUGACGCCUUCAUAUCGUACUGUGAACAGGACGGGCGGUUUGUCAGGGGUGACUUAUUAGACAACCUGGAGGGACGAAGUGGUUUAACACUCUGUCUACAUGAACGUGAUUUCAUUCCGGGACAAGACAUAUCAGAGAAUAUUACAAAGGCCAUACACCAGAGCUGGAAAACAGUGGUGAUUGUAUCUAACAACUAUCUUAAGUCAUACUGGUGUAUGCACGAAUUCGAAAUGGCUCGUAUGGACAGUAUGCACUCAAGGGGAGGCAAGUCUGUUUUACUUUUGGUAUUCUAUGAAGAUAUAGCAGCGAAAGAUCUUCCGUUGACACUGAUGGAUCUGAUAGAAAGCAAAUCUUACAUUGAGUAUCCGCACGACGAGUAAGUGAUCUUGAUGGUUGCCACAAUACAGACAGUAUAUGGACAUUUACACGUACGUCUAGAAGGAACCUUAUCCAUGCUUCCAGAUGGAUCGUCAUCCAGUCAUAUCCUGGCAUCGCACACCAAUGCGAUAACGAAUGUAGACAUACCCUGCGCCUCGGACGUGAGAUGUCGCUGUAAAGCUUCAGCCAGCGGUGGUGUAGUGGCGGACUGCUCCGACUCGAACAUUUCUGUUAUACCAGAUUUCAGUUCCAACGUUACCGACAUAUUGCUACAGAGGAACAAUAUCAAAUACUUAAAGAUCGAGGGAGACCAAGUAGCCAGUUCUAUUUUGUAUCUGGAUAUUUCUGAGAACAAACUGGAAAAAAUCAUUGGCGAUCCCUUCCAACCUAUGGAAGCAUUAAAACAUCUUGAUUUGAGUCACAAUUUCCUACAAUACACUUCAUCUGUAUUUUCAAAUAAUGUAUUUCAUGGAUUGAAAAGCUUAACAUAUCUCAACUUGAAGUGCAACAAUCACAAUGACAGAGUUCGUUCUGAUAACCUGACGUAUCCAGUGAGUAUCGGAAAUAUAACAACGCUGAAAACUUGUUUACUAGACGGUGUGGAUCAAACUGGUUUCACUGGCGAUUUCAAGAACCUUACAAAACUAGAAUCUCUAGACCUAGAAGGUCACACGGGAG